AAAAAGAAGCUGGAAGAGCGUGAAGUUGCGCUUGCGCCUAAGGAUGUCUCGUUUUUUGAUCGUUUGAAAUUUGAGGAUUUGCUGAAGCAGCGCUUCUUCUAUGAUCAGUCGUUUUCGAUUUACGGAGGUGUGACGGGUCUGUACGAUUUUGGUCCAAUGGGGUGCGCAAUGAAAGCGAAUAUGAUCAAUCUUUGGCGCAAUCAUUUCGUUUUGGAAGAGAACAUGCUUGAAGUGGAUUGUUCAGUCCUCACGCCGGAAGCUGUUCUCAAAGCAUCCGGACACGUUGAUCGAUUCUCGGAUUGGAUGGUAAAAGAUUUGAAAACUGGGGAAUGUUUUCGUGCCGAUCACUUGAUCAAAAAUUUUGCUGAAAAAGCAUGCCAAGAUAAAAAAACAAGCGCGACGAUGAAAGAUGAAUUAACGGAUAUUCUGGCAAAAUUAGAGGGUUUCAAUGAUGGUGACAUGCAUGAAGUGAUCACUAAGUACAAUAUAAAAUCUCCAAUCACUGGCAAUGAUUUGUCGGAACCAGUUGCUUUUAACCUGAUGUUUCCAACGGUCAUCGGGCCAACUGGCGAUUUUAAAGCCUACCUACGACCGGAAACUGCCCAAGGAAUAUUUGUCAAUUUCAAACGUUUGCUGGAAUUUAAUCAGGUUAUUUUUUUGGAUGAUUGCAUUUGUUACACGAAGCAUAUUAUAGUUUUUAUGAGGUGA